UCUCGUACUCUGAAAAAGUAGGCAACAAUAAGUACACAAACUCACAACAAUGGUGAAAAUAGGGCUGCAAAUUAAAGUAACGCUUGAAAACAUCGACGAAUUGAAAACCAGUCAUCCCAACUACUCAUUUUUCCUUAAAAUUAAAUGCUCGAACUGUGGUGAGGUGUCGGACAAGUGGCACGACCUCACCGAAAGCGAUCACGUCAACGAGGAUUCACGGAACCCAAAAGGAUUCAAUUUUUACAUGAAAUGUCGAAUGUGCUCUCGCGAAAACAGUAUCGACAUAAUCGAAGGAUCCAACGCCAGCUACACAGCGGAAGACGCAGGAAAGAAGAAGACUAUCGUCGCAUUCGAUUGUCGAGGCGUAGAGCCGGUCGAAUUCAGUCCUCGUUCUGGAUGGAUUGCUAAGGCCAGCGAAAACGGGCCAACGUUCGAAGAUAUUGACCUAUCCGAGGAUGAUUGGGUAGAAUAUGACCAGAAGAAUAACAACUCUGUCGGAGUGUACGAGUUUGAACAUGAGUUCAUAAAAAUGAAAAAGUAAAGCGAGAAGGAAUAAAAAUCAAGAAAUAAAUGAAGUGGUUUGUAGGGAUUGAGCCGAGCUGGAUGAAUAAUUAGAAAAAUAGUAAUAAUGAACGAAUUGAUAAACGAAUGAAUUAUGAAUGCGAGGCAACGAAACAUUAAAAAUGAAAUUUAUCGCUAGAUAGCUGGCAACGAAAAUUAGAAGAGCGAUGGCCUACUACUGAACCGAGAUUGAUCUGCAGAUGGCAAAAGAUGGAACAAAGUAGACAUUGAAAAACGGAAAGGGUUGAACCAUCAGUCUUGUGAUUGAAUUUGACGAGAGUGGAUAGUGAAAAUGAAACAAGUAGUUGAAUUUGGAAGUGAAAUAUAAUGAAAUAGAUAAAUAAUCC